ACGUGAUCACCCGGCAGAAACAAAACGAGCACUACACCAACAACUCUAGCGAGCGUUAGCUAUAAAUGAGUUUCAUUCGACUUAUUGUCUGGAACAGGGAUAAAGAUGCUGUCUACUGGAGAUGUCCAAGGUUACCUUCGUAAACUGGAAACUCUCCUGCGGGCGAUCAAGUAUCCAGGAUUUGUCGACUACAAUGGCCUUUCCAAAGGAGAUCCCUCAGCUUUUCUUCCAAUAGUGAGUUUCACUCUCACCUCCUUCUCUCCACCUUUUGCUGAGCAACUAAUGGAGACUGGACUUGAGCUGAGUGGCAAAACUGAUCUCAGAUUCACUGACACGCUUUAUAAGGUACUACGAGAUAUCUUCCACUAUAAGCCUGUACUGACCAAGCAGCAGUUUCUCCAGUGGGGGUUCUCUCAAAGGAAAAUCUCUGUCACCUGUGACAUCAUUAACAUGGUCCUGCAGAAACACAACCAACUCAAGAAGCCCAGAGUCAGAUGCCCUCCCUCACACAAUGAUGACAGAGGAGAAGCUCAGCCAACGCUGACUGAUGCCGAGACUGUGUCCAAUAGGCCAAUUGUUGUGAAUCACAUAGAAAAUCCCUCCACUUUUCCCACAAACACACUACAUGUGGAAGCAUUCUCCUGCAAUUCUCCUGGAAGUGUGGUUGCAGAGUUGGCGGGAGGGGAGGAGGACAAAGAUAACAUUCUUCACUCAUCAAAGGUGGAAAAAAGGCUCUCAACACUGGAAGCUCAACUAGAUAGUUUUCUGUCUGGGCUACACAAGCUCAGUAUCUUGGAAAAACGUCUGGAUGAACUUGAGAGACAGAAAAACACAGACAAGAAUGAGGGACAAGUCAUAACCAUAUCUAGUAAGAGCUGGGAAAAUCUGAUGAGCAGAGUCCUUUUACUGGAAACUAAACUAGAACUGAGCAAUACACAGUUAAGUGCCCCUCCGCCAUGUCCGUCAUCUUCCUCCUCCUAUUCUUCCAGCUCCAUGUCUGAUACUUCAAAGGUGAGACGAAGCAAAGCCCUCACCUCCCUCCCUCACCACAGAACUGGUUAUCUGGUACCCCAGCUUUUAAAUGAUGAAGAGGACCUCAAAGACAGAUUAGAGAGGAUCACUAACAUGCUGAAGAGCACCUCCAGUCUGCUGAGGAACACUGAAUCUUCCACAACAACCUGCAACUAAACUAUAAUAAUUGGUCAUUAUCUUCGCUUGGGUUUAAUGUAAUGUCACACCACAAUUUUGUUCCACUUUGAAGUCUUCUUGGCAUUGUUCAUGUUCCUUAUUAAAGCUAAAUUAUCACCAC